AUGUCGCUCCCCACCACUCUCCCCAUGUUACGGAAAGCAACCAGGUUGCUCACCCCCACUGCAAGCCCGGGUAUCCGUGCCACCAUUCGAAGACGAUUCUCGCGUUCAAUGUCGCGUCAACCGAGCGAAGAGACUCCUCGAAGUUCAACAUCGAGCGCGGAAGAGACCGUUCCCCAAUUUAAAGUGUUGCAAGAUGGCAUAUACCUAACCAAGAUAUCAACUAAGCGACAGCGUAAACUUCUUUUCCGCCUCGACCGUGAGCGCGGGCAGCUCAUUUGGGAGUCGAAAGUUAAGAAAUGCAUCCCCGUCGAUGCCAUCCGGGAAAUGCGUACUGGACCAGAAGCCCAGAACUACCGCGCCCACCUGCUCCAGCCACCGCUUGAAGACUAUGAAGAAAGAUGGCUGACCGUUGUCUAUGUUGUUCAGGCCACGUACAAAACCCUGCAUCUGGUCGCACCAUCGAAGGAACUUAUGGACUCCUUCGUUCAGGCUUUGUAUAAGCUUUACGCCAUCCGUUCAGAACUCAUUGAUAGUCUGAAUGACGGAGAACGUCUCGAGGCAGCUUGGGAGCGACAUUAUUGGAACGGCUGUGGUAUGGUUUUUGACGAUAUCCGGAGGCUUUGUCGUCGGAUGAACGUCGGUCAAGACGAUGCUACAUUACAGUCCCUUUUCAAGGAAGCUAAUCUGCGUAAUGAUGGCUGCCUCGACCUCGAUGAAUUCCGGAGUUUCGCGAGAAUGCUCAGAGCCCGUCCGGAGGUUGAGCGUAUCUACAACCGACUGACAAAGAAGCACAACCACUGCUUCGAUUUCGAUGCUUUUCGGGCCUUUAUGGUCGAUGUCCAAUGUUCGACUCUUGGAACCUCUCAGCUGCAAGCAAUCUUCUAUUCUUAUGUGGACACCGUCUCUACGAGCUCGACUCCAGCCAUUAUGCCUCUUGAAUCAUUCACAGCCUUUCUUAUCUCGGGAGACAACCCUGCUUUCCAAGAACAUUCCUCGACCAUUCUUUCCCAUAAACGACGUCCCAGUCUAAUGUCCCCUUCCGUUCCUUCGUUCAACGAAGCUUCGCAAGAUAUGACCCGUCCGCUUUCGGAGUAUUACAUAUCCUGCUCACACAACACCUACCUCUCUGGCCAUCAACUUGUCGGAGAAAGUACAGUCGAGGGUUACAUCAGGGCUUUGCAAGCAGGCUGCCGGUCUGUCGAAAUCGACAUACAUCCAGGGACACCCGCUCCGAUCGUCACCCACGGAAAUACGCUAACCAGCAAGCUAUCCCUCCGUGCAGUUUGCGAGGCCAUCGACAAAUACGCCUUUGUUGCUUCGCCAUACCCGCUCAUUAUAUCGGCUGAGAUUCAUUGCUCCGUCGUCCAGCAGGAUAUGAUUGUGGAUACUAUGAGUGAGGUCUUCGGGGACAAGCUAAUUAGGAUGCCGCUUGGGGAACGAAUCGCUGUCGGGCAGUUGCCUAGUCCGGAGGACCUGCGUUUCAAAAUUCUCGUGAAAGCGAAAAACGUGCACAUCGGUCAUGAAGAGACUAAUUCUGGGGUAUCGGAACCCGCUUCUCAUACCUCAUCGUAUUCGACUGGAGACGACUCGGAAGCUGGUCGCGACAGCUCUCUCCUGCGAGUUAUCAAACAUGUUCGUCGAAGGAGUAGAGGGAGUUCGCAAUCGGAGUCUUCGCCUCCGUCUGCUUAUCUCCCCCUUCCACCUGUUUCAAGGUCGUCGUCUUCUGCUGGAUCGGACAACAGUACCAAACCCAAGAUUUCCCCGGCACUCUUAUCACUCCUAGUCUAUACUGUUGGGGUCAAGUACAGAGGCAUCAACAAAAAGGAGGACUACGCGCCAGAGCAUAUGUUCUCACUCUCUGAGACCAUGGCCAACAAAAUCCUGCGCUCUCCUGCUGGGAUGGCGCUCGAUCUUGUCAAGCAUACCCGCACGCAUUUAGUCCGAGGGUAUCCAAAAGGCAGUCGAGUUGCCUCCUCCAACUUUCUGCCUCAUAACUCCUGGAGUAUGGGCUUGCAAUUGCUGGCGAUGAACUGGCAGACGACAGAUGUGGGCUGGCUGAUCAACUAUGCCAUGUUUCAGCGAAACGGAGGGGUCGGUUAUGUCUUGAAGCCCCCGGCGCUUCGUUUACCCAACCAUAAGCAACUCUUAUCGAAGACAUCGCAGCAUGUCCUCGAGCUGACCGUCAUCUCCGCCCAGCAACUUCCCUCACUUCAGAACCGCAACACCCUCGACCCAUACGUCGAGGUAUCGCUGUACUUUCCAGAGUCGACUGGUUUCGCUGCACAGUCCCUUCUACUCCAGCCACCAACCAGUGCGGUUAUGCCCGUCCGUCGCACUUGCACCGUCAAGAAUAACGGCUUCAAUCCUGUGUGGGAAGAGAAACUGAUGAUACCAUUCACCUGCGUGGGGGACAUGCUGGAUUUGGUUUUCGUGCGCAUCGCUGUUCGACAGGACGGGUCUUCAGAAGAGGAGGUGCCGCUCGGCGUGUAUUGUGUGUCGCUGGCGUGUUUGCCAGCUGGAUAUCGGCAUCUGCCGCUGCAUGACGCGCAGCUUUCGCAGUUUCUCUUUUCCUCCCUGUUUGUUAAAGUCGCAAUCAAUGACUUGUGA